GUAUUAUGAUGAAGAUAGAUAGAUGAUGAUAGAUAGAUGAUGAUGAUUGAUAGAUGAUAGAGGCCCCUGCCAAUAAGUAGAAUGCAGGCCUAAUAAAAAAAUAUAUGACCCAUACACAUAGGGCCACACCCUGAUCCAUCCCAGUUACAGCUCAUUAUGCCUAAGCCACACCCAUAUUCUGCCCAAACCACAUCUUCUCCCCCUCCAGCCCCUCAGCUUUGAGGCCUGUGAAUCACACGUAGGCAAGGAUUAAAGGCAGUGCCCCCGUUUCUGGCACCACGUCAUGUGCCUUAUACUUACAGAUAGGCACAACCCACAAAUUUGCCCCUGCACAUGUACAUUUGAGUGCAAUAACUGUGAUUUGCCCCCAGCACUGCACAUUACCUUUCAGGUUGGAUUCAGGAUCCCCUCACUAAUAGAUCUAUAUGGUGAGUCCCUCAGUAGCUAAAGAUUAACCAGCUGCUUCCUCGUGAUGAGCCCUAAUGUGUUAUCUUUCAUGUGUGAUCCUCCCCAUUAUCCGGCACAUUCAGUGUUGCCCUGUAAGUCCAGCCUGGCAGUUGGGGAGUCAGUGCCGACAGCAGAAAAGCACAAAGCAGUCGUACCUACUGUACGUGGAUUGUCACCUACCUGCUAGAUUUUUCCAGAGUCACUAGGGACCCUAGAGAUGGGAACUGCAUGCUCAUAUCUCUCUCCGCAAGAAAAACAGCAUCAGGGUUUUGGGAGUGUAAGAAGGUAACAGAUACUGAUCUCCUGUCAGUGUCCCUAAGCUUGGAUCAGUUUGGCACCACCGUGAUGCUUCUGUAGCCUGGGCUUGGGGAUUGGAACUGGUGAUGCCAAAACAGGAGCUACUGGCCAAGCUGUAGAUAUGUGGCAGAUCUUCCGGUGCCGCCGACAGAUCACACUUUCUGUUGCCCUCUCUCUGGGCUAUUUCUUGUACCUGUUCCUUGGCGCCAUGAUUUUCCAGAUUCUAGAGAAGCCAGCCGAAAGCAACACCAGGGAUCAGUUCCAAGUGGCCAAGCUACGGUUCCUGCAGAACUACACCUGUCUGGACGCGAAUGCCCUGGAACAGUUUGUGCAGAUUAUAAUGGAAGCCUGGGAGAAAGGUCUGAACCCCAAAGGCAACGCCACAAAUCCGAGCAACUGGGACUUCAGCAAUUCCUUCUUCUUCGCCGGGACAGUGAUCACUACAAUAGGUUAUGGGAAUCUGUACCCCAGCACUGUGGCAGGUCAAGUCUUCUGUGUGUUCUAUGCACUGUUUGGCAUUCCUCUCAACCUGGCAUUCCUAAACCUGAUCGGGAAAUCCCUAAACACCAACCUGAUGGCUCUGGGAAGAUCCGCUCAGCUCCCUCGAGGCUCUGGGACAAUGAAACCUUUCGUCAUGGCUGCGUUCCUGGCUAUUGGCAGCCUGCUGGUCCUGGUCUUCCCCCCGAUGAUCUUCAGUUACGUAGAAGGCUGGAGCUAUGGAGAAGGAUUCUACUUCGCGUUCAUCACUCUCAGCACCAUCGGCUUUGGGGAUUAUGUAUUAGGGACAGACCCCAACAAACACUAUAUCUCCAUCUACAGGAGCCUGGCUGCACUUUGGAUCAUCUCCGGGCUGGCGUGGCUUGCGCUGGUGUUCAGUCUCUCUGCCGACCUGGUGGAGAAAUUCAUACAAUUCCGAAUUAAACAGAGUCAGUCGCAGACAGAGGAGACAGCAGUGCACAAACCCGAGGAUCCACCGACUCUACAGCGUGUCCAGAUUUAAUCAUUGGCUCUACACAAAGGCAUUGGCCACAAUAUUAUAAAAUAUUGUUCCCUGAAGACACAGAUGGAGCAACGAGGCAGCACAAAACUGAUAUACAGGUCUGGAAUUAACUCACUAUUAAUGGGUUUGUCUGUGAAACGUCACGACAUGGACAAUGCACCUCCACUUUGAUUCGCUGGCGAGGGAUUACAGUAUGUUGGUCUUGUUACAGUAGAAAUACAUUGUAUUCUCCUAGAAAGGCUAAACUCCAACUCCACUGGUUAAAUAUGUAUAAUACACACA